AGAUCGGUGGGGUUGGGGGGAGGGGAAAAAAGAGGGGGUGUCCCGGAGCCCCUUGGCCCGCGUCAGCUCCCCCACCUCGGCCUCUCCCUCCCCCUCCCCGCCGCUGGAGCACUGGCUCCAGGGGCCCUGGGUAUUUUUAGCGUUGUGACCUGGGCGGCAGCUCUAAGAGCCUUUCCCAGGAAUCGGCGUCAGCGCCUCGCUCCUCCGCCGCCAGCCCGCGGCCGCACGGUCUCCCCACACUUCCAUGGCCCUGCCUUGCCCACUCGGGGUUGGGUCCCUCUUCACCUCUGCGGCGCCCGUGGAGCUGGCCAGGGUCUGGGAUACGCUGGGUGCAGAUGAGGUGGGGAAGGCAGCCUGCAGAGGAUGACGUCUGAUCCUCAAGCUAGAAACUUCCCCUGCCUCUGGUGAUGGGCUCAGAGCAGAACGCCGGGAAGGAGAUGAGCGAAUGGGAGUGAAUGCACCGUCCUGGGCUGGCCCAUUGCCCCAGUGCUCUGGCCGGCUCUCGGCUUCUCAGCCCUAGGGGUCAGGAGGACUGCUCUGAACUGGACCCAGAACCCGCCUUUCCAAUUGCUCCUCACUGACUAAUGGGGAGAUAAGUCAGUGAGAUGUGUCCGAGGAGGCGGACGGAUAAAGAGCUGUUGGAGUUCAAAGAAAAGAUGGUCGUCUCCUAAAUAUAUUGCUCACCUUCACAAGCAGGGUCUUAUAUUUGAGGCAGGAGCUGACAUGGACCCAAAUCCUCGGGCCGCCCUGGAGCGCCAGCAGCUCCGCCUUCGGGAGCGGCAGAAAUUCUUCGAGGACAUUUUACAGCCAGAGACAGAGUUUGUCUUUCCUCUGUCCCACCUGCAUCUCGAGUCACAGAGACCCCCCAUAGGUAGUAUCUCAUCCAUGGAAGUGAAUGUGGACACACUGGAGCAAGUAGAACUUAUUGACCUUGGGGAUCCGGAUGGAGCAGAUGUGUUCUUGCCUUGCGAAGAUCCUCCACCAACCCCUCAGUCGUCUGGGGUGGACAACCAUUUGGAGGAGCUGAGCCUGCCGGUGCCUACAUCAGACAGGACCACAUCUAGGACCUCCUCCUCCUCCUCCGACUCCUCCACCAACCUGCACAGCCCAAAUCCAAGUGAUGAUGGAGCAGACACGCCCUUGGCACAGUCGGAUGAAGAGGAGGAAAGGGGGGAUGGAGGGGCAGAGCCUGGAGCCUGCAGCUAGCAGUGGGCCCCCUGCCUACAGACUGACCAUGCUGGCUAUUCUCCACAUGAGACCGUAGGCCCAGCCGGAGCCUUUCAGGAGAAGACCAGACUCUUUACUUGCAGUAGGCACCAGAGGUGGGAAGGAUGGUGAGAUUGUGUACCUUUCUAAGAAUUAACCCUCUCCUGCUUUACUGCUAAUAUUUUCCUGCUGCAACCCUCCCACCAGUUUUUGGCUUACUCCUGAGAUAAGAGUAAGCCUCCCACCAGUUUUGGCUUACUCCUGAGAUAAGAUUUGCAAAUGAAAAUGAGAGAAGAUGAGGUUGGACAAGAUGCCACUGCUUUUCUUACCACUCUUCCCUCCCCCAAACCAUUCUGUAGUCUUCUAAUAGAGUAUCUCAAACAAGUGUCUCUAGAUGGAUGUGAACUCCUUAAUUCAUCAAAUGAGGUGGUACUCAAGCCAUGCUGCCUCCUUACAUCCUUUUUGGAACAGAGCACGAUAUAAAUAAUAAACUAAUAAUAAUAUGCCAA